AUGGACGCCGUAAACCCGUCGUGGAAUGUCGUUACCAUUGGAAGGGGCAGCUUCGCCAGCGUCUGUGUCUUGACAGGACGCCCGGUCGCUUUCAAGCAAGUCCUGUUUCCUGAACAAGCGCUGGAACUCAAAGCCGAAUUCGAGACCAUCUGCAAAUUGUACGACCUCUGCGACACUGACUCGUUUUUCGCCAUUCCUCGUCCUCUUGCCUUUCUCGACCCCCUGUUGCCCAACAGCUACAUCUCUGCUACUGUGUCUCCUUUGCAGCAAGUGCGAGCUCGCCCCUUCAAGGAAGCACCCUUACCCAGUCUCUGCCGACUCUACUUUGGGAGAGUUCUUGACGUGCCUAUCACGGAUGGAAGGCCAACUCGCUUUUUCAAUUCCUCAAACUUUCCGUUAGAUGUUGCGAGAUACCUUCGUCUGGUUGAAACUGGUAAUGCCGAAGAUUAUCACAAAAUAGAGGAGAUAGCCUAUGGAAUGGGAGAAAUGCUGGGCCGCGUGCAUUGGUUUGGUGGAUACGAUGGUCGGGAUAUCGAAUUCGUGAUGGGCGGUGUGUUGCUGCUGCUCCUAACAUGGACGAUUUUUAUUCUGAUUCGUGUCAAGAUGCGACAAUGGUCGAAAGUGACGGCGGAUAUUCAAAAACUUGUUGAUGCGUUCUACACCAAUGAUCCUUAUUAUCCGCGUGCGCGCCCCGAUGAACAUCUCUAUAACCACUUUCGUCUGGGAUAUUUGGCUGUAUACCCAGAGGAGGCGAUUGAGAUUGCGAACGCCUUUCUGGAAGCCAUCGAAGCAGAGCAGGCCACUCGCGACUCCAGAAGGUUGGAAGGUAGGCUUUCUCCAAAUGUGGCAGAGGAGAGUGAAGCACUAAAAAAGUUAACACCCUCAGGCCGAGGUCCGGAGAAAAGUGCCGCCGCAUCAACCUGA